AUGGUUGUUAUGUAUGAUAUUUAUCAUGGACUGGAAGGCCUUAAAACCAUUAGCCAAAGGGUUCGUGGUCUGGCUGAAACAUUUUCCACUGGACUCAAAAAACUUGGGACUUUAGAAGUCCAAGGUCUUCCUUUCUUUAAUAUUGUAAAGGUCAAGUGUGCUGACUCAAAAAUCAUUGUUGAUGCUGUUUAUAAGAAUGAAAUAAAUUUGCAGAUUGUGGACAAGACUAUUGUGAAUGUGACAUUCACUGCUGCAUCUCUUGUGUCAGAGGUUCAAACUAUGAUUCCUCCAGGGCUUGCGAGGGAGAGCCCAUAUCCGACUCAUUCAAUAUUUAACUCAUACCACACUGAGCAUGAGCUUCUUCGAUACAUUUCUAGGCUUCAAUCAAGGGAUCUCUCGCUGUGCCACGGUGAAUUGUUGUGUGCAAUUACUAGUUUUGAUUCAUUGUCUCUACAACCCAAUGCCGCAUCUGCUGGUGAGUAUGCCAGAUUGAUGGUCAUUCGUGCAUAUCAUAUGUCGAGAGGAUAUCACCACCGUGAUAUAUGUAUUAUACUAGUCUCAGUACAUGGAACAAAUCCUGCAAGUGUUGCCUUGUCUGGGAUGAAAAUUGUUAAUGUUGGAACAGAUGCCAAGGUAAACAUUAACUUUGAAGAGUUACGGAAAGCUUCUGAAGCAAAUAAGGAAAACCAAGCAACUCUUACGGUUACAUAUCCUUCAACUCAUGGAGUUUAUGAGGAAUGCAUAGAUGAGAUAUGUAAUAUAAUUCAUGACAAUGGUGGUCAAGUAUACAUGGAUGGAACAAACAUAAACGCUCAGAAGCACUACCAUGUCCUUUUCCGUGGUGGCAAUGGUACGGUUGCUCAUGAGUUCAUCGUCGACUUAAGGGGCUUUAAGAAUAUUGUUGGAAUUGAGCCUGAAGAUGUUGCUAAAUGUCUCAUGGACUAUGGAUUCCAUGGACCAACAAUGUCAUGGCCAGUUCCAGGUACACUUAUGAUUGAACCAACUGAUAGUGAAAGCAAGGUCGAGUUUGACAAGUUCUGUGAUGCUCUUAGUUCAAUUAGAGAAGAAAUUGCACAAAUCAAGAAAGGAAAUGCUGAUGUUCAUAACAACGUUCUCAAGUUAACAAUGCAUUUCUUUGGAUGGACCUUUGCUGUUGUUAGAUCACCUCUGCUAUCUUUUUCUCCUAACAUAUUUUGGAGAACUAAUUGA